CUUCUAGAAAGAUACCCCGAACCUUCCUCGUAUACCCAAAAUGCGCCUCAGUUUCCUUGGUCUAGGAACAAUGGGCACACCCAUGGCCCUCAACCUCUCCCGCCAAUUCCCAGUCACCAUCUGGAACCGCUCCCCCUCAAAAUGUACCCCUUUGCGACAAAAGGGCCUCACAAUCGGCGAAACCCCAGCAAAGGUCGCCUCCCAAUCCGACAUAAUCUUCACCAUGCUCUUCGACGGCCCCGCCGUCGAAUCCAUCCUCACCCCUGAGUUCAAAUCCGCCCUGCGCGGGAAAACCCUCAUCAACACCAGCUCAGUCACAGUCGAAUGCAGCCACUGCCUCGCCUCGCAAGUCCAUGCCGUAGGCGUCCACUUCAUCGAAAUGCCCGUGAGCGGCAGUUAGUUUCCCGUAGAACAGGGCCGACUCGUAGGUAUGCUAGCCGGGGACCCGGUGGUCGUCGAGUGGGUCAGACCCGCCAUGAAGCCGCUGACAGCUGCGGCCGUUUACUCCGGGCCGAUUGGAUUUGGGCUUACGAUGAAGUAUGCGGUGAACCUGUAUCUUAUUACGAUGACGGUUGGGCUGGCCGAGUCUGUGAAUCUGGCGAGCGCGCAGGGCUG